AGUCCAUAGCAACGGACUACAAGUACACAGCGCAACAGUUAAAGUUAUUCUCACAAAUUUAGAGUACUAGUUAGAGUUUUAACACAUUUCUUUUAGUAGUAAAGUUAGUCAUUACUACAAAAUGGGGGACAAAAAGCAACAAACUCGUCCCAAACGUAUUUUUAUUAACGACGUCGACAGGUAUUCUUCCAAACACAUCGCCAAGUUUUUAUCGACAUGCGUGGCCGGAGAGGCCUCGGAGGAAGCCGAAGCAGGUGAGACUUUGGCCUCCCCUCGAGGUGAACCUGCUUUCCAAGUAGUGGGAACUGUGUCUCCUUCCACCAGACACGAAAAAGAAAGCUUUCUACUUGAACAGUAUGCGUCACCAGCUCGAGAUCAGCUUCUUGAGCGCCUGCUGAAGUGUGAUGUAGUGGUGUACAACAUCUCAGAAAGUACUACACAACAGCAGGUUGAAGAAGCAACAUGGGCAAUCACAGCCCUUCAUGCUGAGAUGGAGAACUUCAAGUCUCGGAAGAUUUUUAUCUUAGUCUCCACUGUGAUGACAUGGGCCAUGACCAAGCCACAGAAUCCGGAUGAAGUAGAUGUUCUGAUAACAGAGGAGGAGUUCAGAAGAAAAAGGCCGCAUCCCAAUUUCAGAAACCACAAUAAUCUGGAGAAACUUGUGCUCAAACUGGGUAAAGGUAAAAAGUCCAAACUUACCGGCUAUGUUGUAGCUAGUGGUCUUCAGUACGGAAAGGGAGAGAACCUCUUUCACUACUUUUUCAAGGUGUCUUGGUUGAUGCAGUUUCCAAAUGUUCCUCUCUUUGGACAGGGCACAAAUUACAUCCCCAUGAUUCACGUAUACGACCUUGGAGGCGUGAUCCAAAACAUCAUUGAACUCAAGCCAAAGUCAAAGUCCAUUCUUGCUGUCGAUGACUCCAAGAACACCUUAGAGGAUAUUGUGAAGAUGGUAAGUGAUACACUUGGGCCAGGAAAAGUUAACAAAGUCGCAGAGCAGGAAGCCAUCGCCAUGAAGGCUUUUAAGCCAGAGGAAUUGCAGUACCUUAGUAUCAACCUCCGCCUGGAAGCUUUUAUCAUAAAAGACUCCUUCAGUCUCCGCUGGACGUCUGACGCUGGGAUGGUUGAAAACAUGGAGAGCAUUGUGGAAGAAUACAAAGACACCAGGCAGCUACUUCCAAUCAGAAUCUGCCUGGUUGGACCUCCAGCUGUGGGUAAAACCACCAUUGCAGAGAAGCUCUGCAGUCAUUACCAAAUACACCACAUCAAGAUCAAAGAGGUCAUUGAGGAAAAGAUCACACAACUGAAGGCAAUAAUGAAUGAAACUGACACUGAAUAUGUCAGUGAAGAGGUAGCAGCUGCUGCACAGAAACAACUGGAACAUUUAAACAAAAGCAUGGAAAUGAAUGCAGGUCGACUGGCUGACCAUCUAGUUUUUGACAUUUUGCAAGAAAAGCUGAAUUCAAAGCCAUGUAGGAACCAAGGAUUUGUUCUUGAUGGCUUCCUUAAGACGUAUGAGCAAGCAAAGCUGAUUUUCUCUGAUGAGGACACAGAGAACCUGGAUUUGUUGUCCAAAGCACCUGUGUACAACAAGAAGAUCACUCCAGAGCACGUUUUUGCCCUAAAUGCGACAGAUGAUUUUCUGACAAAGAGAGCACAGGGACUUCCACAGAGUGUGGCAGAGAAAAUGCGCUACACCCAGGAGGAAUUUGUACCUCGCCUGACGAGAUACAGACAACUCAGUACUGCUGAGGAAACCCUGCUGGACUUCUUUGAUGAGCUUGAGAUUCACCCAGAACAUAUCGAGGUCACUACAAGUGAUUCAGAGUACACAGAUGUUAUGAAGAAGAUCACUGAGAUGGUGGGGAUUCCCAAGAACUAUGGCCUGAGUCCAGAGGAGGAGGAAGAGGAGGACAGAAAGAAAGAAGAAGAGAGGAAGCAGAAAGUGGCUGCAGAGGCCGCUGAGAAGAAACGUAGGAAUGAAGCUGCGCUGGCGGAGAUGGCUGCUCAGUAUGAGGAGUGGCAGAAGAAUUUGUCCGAGGUGAAGAGACAGGAGCGCGAGCUGCUCGAAGCUCACUGUAUUCCUCUGAGGAACUACCUGAUGAAGUAUGUGAUGCCCUCGCUCACUGAGGCCAUGUUAGAGUGCAGCAAGAUCAAACCAGAGGACCCAGUCGACUUUCUGGCUGAACAUCUACUACGGAACAACCAACAAGAAUCAGUCUAAUGAUGAAAUGAUCCAAUACAUGUUAGAAAUUUCCAGCAUUUGAUGCUGUGUUUAUUCUACAGUAAUUAACAUAAUCAAAAGAUGAUUGUACCGAGCAUUGUAAGAGUGCUACAUCAGUGUUACAGGCUCAUAAUAAAUAUGAAGGAAUUUGAUUA